GAUUCUUCACAGUGCUCUUGCCAUCAUUUGAUUGUUGAUUGGUUACAUCCCGCAGCGAGAGUCUGUUUUGAUUGGUUGGUACUCUGUAGAUCGGCAUCUUCGAUUGGGUGCAUCUCCAAGGCCCCGUUCCACCAAAACGUUUUCAUUGGCCGCAUCUUCAUGUUUGCAGUCGCCCAACUACCUAACCCCUGUUACGAGUACGAAGCAAGCCACAUCCAGUGCCACGGCUUUCAAAGACUGAUAGCAGCUAAUUUCAAUCGAACCUAUAAAUCUUUAGCACUGACAUCGUAUGUAGAAUAGUAUGUAGGUAGAGUUCUGGUCUAGAAGAUAUUUUGUUCAUGAACGGAGCAUAUGUCCCAAUAGGUAUGUUGUUAAAAGAAAAGAAUUCGAGCUCGGAUUUUUCUUGGGAUCGAAAUCUUAUCUGCCAUGCCCCUCAACCCCACCAUGUACAAUAUGUAGGUACUGCAUGUUCCUAAGACGGGUAUCACGCUAUUUUGUAGCACAGGAAAAAAAAGCCAACAACCUUGGAACGACGGGAACCUCGGGAUCCAUAGACCGUUCGAAUGUUAUUCCAGCUCCGGUACCCCCACCAGUGGGUUUUUUUUUUGCAUCCAAGAUUUUUUUUUUCACCUACGGGUGGAUUUCCCAAUUAAUAUAAAAGCUUCAUCCUCACCCUCCCGUGAGUCGAGCUGUCAUAUGCUCCUGCGAUGCCACCACGCAUACCAGGCCCGUCGACGGUAUCAUCCGCCUUGACCCGAUGUACCGUCCCAUCGGCCUCAAGUAGAUGCCAACCACAGCAGCAACAGCAGCAAUGGCCUGCUCAGAGCAUAGCUAGCUUUUCCACCACUCCUGCCCGCCCGCGCUUCACCAAGAUCCGCCGUGUCUUCAGGACUUGGAUCAAUGGCCCCGGCUCUAACUUCCGUAAGCACAUUCCCGGCGGCACCAAUUAUCUCCAGUCCCCCUUCGAUAACGAACGGAAUGUCGACCGCCCUUUUCCCCUCAAUAAACAUUUCAAAAGCGAGCCCGUCUUAGAUGAUCGCGCGAGGGAAUUCAUAUGGUCUAAAAUCAUGAAAGAUGGCGAGACGGUCAAAGCCGUCUCUGCCGAACUGGGCGUUGAUAUUAGGCGAGUAGCAGCUGUGGUGAGGCUAAAGGAAGUUGAGAAAGACUGGGUGGCCAAGGGAAAGAGAUUGGCGACGCCAUAUGCCAAAGCUGUGCUAGGCAUGCUGCCGACGCACACUUUCACACCAGAAAGGAGGAAUGAGCCAUUCGAGCCCAUAAACGAGCUGCACGUACACCCGUACACUACAAAGCAGAUCUUCUGGCCGACGUCCGAAUCGCGUCACUUCACGCGUGCCGACGCGGCCAAAGCCUUCCACCCCAACUUGCUCUCCGCGGAUGAACGUGUCCCCCACCCGGAGUUGAUCCAGAUGGAGAAGGAGCUUCUGCAGGGGCGGCCGCUGUGGGACGCGAGUGAGAGGUUCAAGCAGGCCGCGAUGGAGUCGGAGAGGAAAGCUGCCAAUAAGCAGGCUGCAAAGGCCGCUCUAGAGGAGAAAUACACUACCCGAGUGCAUUCUAACCGCUUCGAAUUCCGCUUUAAGCAGAUUAACUCGGAGAACGUCGGCCCCAAGGGCAGGGCACGGAACGCCGUCGGCUGGAGAUAUGGUGCGCCAUACUAUGACCGUGCCAAGGGCGAAAUCAAGAUUCCUACUUCGGUUCCUUGAUUUAGCAUUAGGCAAAAAUACCAUGCCGGUUAUUUUAAUGGUUAUUUUGAGCGUAAUCCAUAU